ACAGCCAAGUCCAUGCGCUAGUCUGCCAUCAAGUUACAUUAGUUGGCCUUCGCAGCUUCGUAGGUUUAGAACGUAUAGGAACGAUUGCCCGAACUUCUAGACAUAGGAGACUGUAUAGACUAGUAUACAUGUUGACCUACUUUAUAACUUUAACAGUUAUAAAGUUUUUUAAAGUUUCCCGCCCUACAAUCUUGCGAUCGCAGUGACCUGUGGUUAUAAGUUAUGCAACAGCUUCUUUUAUGUAACAAUUUAUGCAAGGCAUAGCCUAUCCAAUAUUAAGAAAAAAAAAAAUAGUUGAUAGUGAUUUCCCAAUAAUCGUGACUGGAAAAAAUUCCUCCCGCCAUAGAUUAUCGAUUUGAUACGCCUCAGCGGAAUAGAAGAAAUUUCAAAGCAAGUCCCGCGCCUACAGGAGUGAAAAAAAAGCACAUUCAAAAGAAAGAAAGGCCUUUCUUUAAAAAUUGAACAUUGAAAUUCCUUGUCGGUACUGAUGCGUUCAUAGGCUUGUAUGCAGUACUGGUACCUAUAUAAUAAGGUUUACAUGUUCAUCAGACUUUCAGUCGGCCUCGCUAAUUCCUCUCUUCCGUUCCUCUUGGAAAUAAAUACAGUACACGUUAUUGUUGACCAACGUAAGUGAAACCGCAAUGAAAACGAUUUUGGUCAUUGCAUCGUUGGUGUGUUUAUUCGCACCUUGCCUUGCAGCGCCUGGAUGGAACUCACGUUUCCCUUCCGGCGUGGGCGAUCCGAACGUCGCCAAUGCCAAGGUCAACGAGGCAUCCUCCCGCCGUCCUGUCCGAAUUGAAAAUUUAAUCAAGGAAAUAGCCGAUGGCAAAAGGCAAAAAUCUGCAUUCAGACACUCGACUAUUGUCAACGUCAUAGCUCUGCCGGAUGAAGAUUACCAACCCCCAGAGGAGGAGAUUCUUCCGCAAGACUCUUCUUAUUGUAAUCACUAUUAUUUUAUUAGCUAUUUCCUCACUCCCAAUAACAACUUGAUACCUAUUUAUUCUUAUUACUGGCCCAGCUAUUCGGUUUACUCUCCUUAUGAUUAUUAAAAAAUCUAAAUUUGACAUAAUAAAACAGUUCCCAUCUA